UUUGAAAGCCGACAGUAAUAAAAUAUUAUAAAGCUUUUAAUCCGAUUCACAUACAACUUUCGAUAUCAAUCGAAAAUGUCUCCAAGCGAAAUUAAAAAAGAAUUCGCUUCCGCAAUCGGAAAAGGCGAUGUGGAAAAGGCCAGAGAUCUUUCGAGAACUUUCGAUGAUACCUUUUUACCAUCAUGGCGUCCUGUCCACGAUUUACUGUGUCAAACUUUGACAAAUGCAAACCCAGAAAUCUGCAACGAAUGUGUUGUUUCGAAAAUUAUCGAGAAUGGGGCUCCUGUCAAUCUUCUUUGUUCGCAUGGCCUUUCGCCAGUCUUUCAUGCUGCGGUCGCAGACAAAACAGAUAUAGUUAAACUUCUAUUGAAAUGUGGUGCAGAUCCCAACACUGUAAAAAAGCCUCUUUCAACAGGUGUCAAUGAAUUUUUCUUAUCUGGACAGCUAGAGAUUCCAAAUAGGUUUUCACUUCUCCACAUUGCUGCGCAUAAUGACAAUGAACAAAUGGUCAAUCUCCUUUUGGAAUUUGGUGUAAAGCCUACAACAGAUGAAUUUCGAUGCAGUCCUUUACAUUAUGCAGCCAUGAAUGGAUCGAUGUAUAUUGUUACUGCGAUUUUAAAUAGUGAAUGUGAAAUUUCAUCAAUGAACUUGCCGGAUUCUCAAGAUGACUUGACACCCUUCCAUUUAGGCGUCAUUAACAAUCACGAAGACAUUGUCUCUCUUCUUUUAAAGAAAGGACAGUAUGACAAUAAUGUUUGUAAGGAUGGAUACACACCUUUCUAUAGCGCUGCUGCAGUGGGUAAUAAAAAAAUAAUAGAACUGCUCUUAACGAGCGAUCAAGUUGCUGUUGGUGGAAAAGCAACUUAUGUGAAGAACAAAGAAGAUUGGCUGGAAGGUUACAUUGCCAUGUAUCUAGCAGCAUUUCACGGUCAUGCUGAAGUAGUUCAAAUGUUUUUGGACCUAGGAGUCGACCCAAAUGCCAAUGUCAAGAAUUACCUAACACCUUUGCAUGCUGCAGUCCAAGGAGGACACAAGGACAUCGUCAGUCUUCUUAUCGAUAGUGGUUCGAAUGUAAAUCCGAAGGCGAAAACAGGCGAUACUGAUAAUCGAAUUUUGCCACCACUCUUUCAGGCUGUGCUUCGUGGAUACGAAGAUAUCAUCGAAUUGCUCUUAAAUAGUGGGGCUGACGUGCACGCAAAAUUGCAAAGCAUACAUGAAAAAAACGAAGAGGUGAUAUCAAAACUGGAAAAGCUGUUGACCUAUGACACGAUUAUUUCUUCUGAGAUAAGUGGAUUCACAUUAAUGCAUUGUGCCGCUAUGAUAGGCAAUGCAGCAAUUGUCAAGCUGCUUUUAAAACAUGGGGCUGAUGUAAACGCAAAAUCUCUUUGUAAUAUUACAGCUCUACCCGCUGCGAUAACUUUGCAAAAUGAAGAAACUAUCGCGUGUCUUUUGGAAGCUGGUUUGCAUGUUGAGGCUGGUGAUUUACAGCCAUUCUUCAUGGCCAUUGAAACUAGAAAUUUAGGAAUUGUUGAACUACUUUUUAAGUAUAUGCAACCCUUGAAACUCGCAUCCAGCUGUUUCUUGCAAGGUGGACUCACGCCGUUACAAUGUGCUGUUAUAGAUGAAAGUCCUGAAAUAGUUGAGUUCCUUCUAAAAAACGGAGCAUUGGUUAAUCACUAUGUUGAAGGCGAUUUUCCUCUUCACUUGGCUGUUGAUUUGCGCAAUCAAAAAAUUGUAUCAAAACUUAUUGAGCAUGGUGCUCAAGUUAGUCAUUUAUGUUCGCAUGGAGUUACAGCUCUCUUUCACGCUAUAGGGGAAAAAGAUAUUAGUAUGUGUAAACUGCUUUUGAAGAAAGGGGCCUCUCUUAAAGAAAAAGCUGAGGAUCGUCGGCCCUUGCUCCAUUUUACCGUUCUUCAAAGAUUUGAUAAAAAAUUGAUCAAGUUCAUAGUGGAAUGCGGAGCCGAUCUAACAGAAAUCUAUGAUGGUCUCUUACCCAUUGAGCUACUUAUUGGCUGCGCAAUGGCAGAUUUGGAAAAAGAAAUAGAAAACAGGAUCACAGAAGACAUCCAGGAUAAUAAAGAGACCGCUGCAAUCUUUGAACUUAUUUUAGAACAUGGUUCUCCUUUGACUAAACCAGAUUUUUGUCACGAUGAAAUGCAUUCUCCUUUAAUGAUGGCUUGUAAAUUAGGAUAUGCUACAGGAGUAAAGCUGCUAAUAAAUUAUGACAUUGAUUUUGAAGAAGGUUUAAAAUUGAUGAGAACAAUGUUUGGUAAAAUUAUUGAUUGUCUAACAAUAAAAUUUGCAACUGAUGCCAAGAGGGUUGAAUUCGAAAUUUUUAAUUUGGAUAGCUCUGACAAUACUAAAAAGACACUUUCGUACCCUAGAAUGUUUGAUUUGAUUUUACCAUACAAUAAGAAUUUCGAAAGAUUUAGACUGGAAUGUGAGAUGUUCAGAAAAGUGGCUAGAAUUAUGACACAAGCGAUUGCUAGAAAACAAAGUGGAGGUAUGGAAAUGAAAGAACAUUUGUGGCUGAUAAACAGUGAAUUUGCGCAGGGUUUCUAUCAACGUUGCAAAGAGGAAAUCAAAGAAAUGAAGAAUACGGUAAUUAUUGGUCGAGUAACUUGUUUCGAUCUUUUGAAAGCAAAUGAAAAGCAGUUAACAGCCUAUGCUAGGAAUGAAGACAUCAUCGAAGUCAUAGAAGCUUUGGAUACCGAAAAACUGUUUCCUUUAUAUUCAGAUGAUUUUAGGCACCAGAUUAAGAGGGGCGUGAACAUGAACAACUUAUUUGAGAUGAGUUUGCAAAUUCUUAACAAAACUUUGGAGACGGAGAUACCUAUUCUUGUAGCGUGUAAAAUAUUUAACUAUCUCAGCUUAAUAGACAUGAGAAAUCUAUGUAGAAUUUACAAUCCCUUCAUAUUUGUGUCUGCAGAUCCUCCAACUGUUUAAUUUUAUAACUUCUUUUUAGAAUCGUACGUAAAUUUAGAAUUAAUGUUAAUUUGUCUUUAUGUCUUGUUCUUUUCUCAUAACAUUCUUAUUUUGAUUGAUUCAGCUUUGACUGUAGAAAUAAAGAGUUUUGUGUGCUGUAAUAUUUUAAUUGGACUAAUAGCGAUGUUGCAUGAAAUGAGUUAAACAUAUUUUUAGAAACCUGAAGCAGUGAAUAAAGCUAUGGAGAAAAUUAUUUUUUUUUAGAUUACUAAUACUUGAAAAAAAUUCUAGUUUAUGUCUGUUUGGUAACAUUUAAACAUAUGUGACGUCACAAAAAUAUACAACUGAGAACCAAUGAGAUCACUUUAGCUACCAUGUUACUUUUCAAAAUUUUGAAAAAUCAGGUUUCGCGACUGUCGCUGCCUUAUACUUAACAGCUGAUCCAACUGUUUAUCUAAGCUAGCCUAGCAAUGCCUAAAAACGAGGAAGCGAAAAUAAAAUUAGCAUCAAGCGGGGUUAAAGAUAUAAACCAACAAUGGAUUUGAAAACCAGAAAAUUUCAUAAAAAAGGUAAAUUAUUAGCUAAGAAGUAUUUUGUGGCUGGGUGUGAUUCUAGGGCGGACAAAGAUCCGAAU